AUGCCCCCCGCGCUCAACCGGUCGUCGUCGGCAGCGGCAGCGGCGGCGAAUGCCAAGAUGUAUUCGGCGCAGGGGCCGCACGUGGUGGGGCUGGACGAGAUCGAGGCGCUCAAGGCGUCGGCCAACAACCUCUUCGUCGAGGGCAAGUUCGGCCAGGCCAUCAUCGGCUACAGCUACGCCAUCAAGCAGAUGGCGGGGCUCAUCGUGCCGUCCGCGCGCCGCGCCAGCACCAAUCUCGACAGCCCCUCCGCCGUCGCCAGCGCCGUGCGCGACGCCAAGCCCGACCCGCGCACCGCGCAGCUCGCCGCCAUCUUGUACAGCAACCGCGCUGCGGCCUACUUGAAGCUAGAGAAAUACGACAAGGCGGCGGUGGAUGCGGGGGCCGCGGCGGUGAUAGACGCGAGCAACUUCAAGGCGUGGCUGCGCAAGGCCAUGGCGCACAAGGAGCUAGGGCAGUGGUACGACUGCCACGUGGCGUGCAAGGCCGCCCUGCGCCUGGAGCCCGCCAACGAGGACGCGAGGAGCCUGUUGGAGGAGUCGCAGUUCAAAAUGGGGUCCGUGCCGCAGCACCCCGCCCCCCAGCCACAGGCAGCGCCGGCGCCACAGCCCUCGUCAAAGAGGUUCGGCUUGUUUGGCAGAAGAUGA